UUACAUUUCUCAAUCUAAUCUGUGUAAAUUCAUAGCAUUUUUGGCAUCAGCACCAAGUUCUAUCUAGGAAUCUCCUAAAGCAGUUAGUUAGCCGAUCAGGACACAAGAGAAGCGAUAAUGAAAAACAACCAAGGUGAAAUAGGGAGUAGGGAUGAAAGCCUUUAUAAUGUGGCUCCUCAUUCUGGAAUGAAUCCCUUCGACAGUAUCCUUGAUGAGACUACGAAAGCAGUAGACUUAAAAAUGGAACAAUUGAAUAAAGAACUUGACCAGAGCGAUGACUUUAUUUUAUCCAUGAGUGAGCAGAAUAUGGUUCCCAAUGUAGAAAAAAAAGAUCCCAAGAUUGAGAAGCAUCGCUUGAGACAAAAAUACAAAGAAGCUCUCAAGCGGGAUGAAAAACUUGAGGCCGAGGCGGAGCGAUCAAUUAAUGAACCCAACGUCAUUUUGGAGGAACAUCAAGCAGAACUGAAAAAACGCCACAAGAGCCAAGUGAAAGUAUUUCAAGCGGUGCAGGAAAAAAUGAUGGCCAGCUUUAAGAAGGACAUGGACAAUCUCAUGCGGAAGUUCGAUGCCGAGUACUCCCGCCUUAGAAAGGUCCAUUCCGAUCUUUUGGCAGACAAUCAGAAGAAACAGGAAAACAACUCAGCGAUUAGUUCAAGCACUCAUCAGCCAUAGUAUUUUAGCAUUUUAGAGAUUGGAGAAGUACUGUUCAGUACCAUUCGGUACCAUUCAGUCGAAGAUUUUAAUUGAAAUUAUCAUGUUUUAAAUUGUAUUUUAUAAAUUCCAACAAAAUAAAUAAAAAUUUUAAAGUUCUAGAAAGCAAA